AUGUCUUCUUUUAAUAUAACCAAUUUUACUUCUACUACAAAUGAUUUUCAACCAAAAUUUACUUAUAAAAAAAGAAAAGCUAAUGAUAAUAAGAUCGACGUUAUACAAAAUGAUGAUAUGUUUGAAGGAAAUCAACAAAAUGAACCAAUGCUCGAUAUAGGCAAAGAUGCCUCAUCCGAUUUAAAAUUACAAGAGAAUACUGAAAAGAAAAAUCAAGGUGUGCCAUCACCAUUUAUUUUAGGACAUAUUAUUAGUGAAAAUGAAUUGGCAUUAGCAACUUCAUAUAGAAAAUUAAAUGACGUUUUUGAUGAGUUUUCAGAAUUGCAACAGCAGAAUAAUAAAGUAUCCAAAAAUACCGAUUUCAAGAAGUUUGAAAGGGAUUCUGAUAUAGGAAAGAGAAAUCAAAAUAGUUUCGCUACAGAAGAAUCGAAGAAUAAUAGGAGAAGAAAUAAUAAAAAACGUGGUGGAGGUGGUGGAAGAAAACAAAAAGAAAUUGCUGAAAGAGCAUUGAAAUCAAAAUCUGUUAAUAGGGGAUUACUAGGUAAAAGAGUUAUAGUAGAAGAGUUUGUUGGUACUUCAUCCGAUAAAAAUCACAUUCAACGGAGUAUAUUGAAAAAGAAUAAAGAAUUUAAUAAAGAUGAUAAAAAGAUUGAAAAUCAAGCGAGCUUCACUAAAAUUGGUAAUGAUAAUGCAAAUGAAGAUGAGCACGAUAAUGAAAUUGCUAAUCAAAAAGAUAUCGACACUGAACAAAGUAACGAUAGUAGCGAAGUUGAAGACUGGCAUGAUAUGCUUCCUAUAUUGACUUCAACUCCAGAUAAUUCCACCCUUGUAUUACAAAAAAUGGGAGAAUUUGUCAACAGGGUUGAUUCUGAAGCAAGUACCAACAAUGAAUUCCAUAAUGAUACAAGCGAGGAAUUGGACGUUCAUUGUGAAGAUGGUGGACGAAAUCCACCACAGGAGAAUUUAGAAAUUCUUGAUCCGACUACGCCACUUGCAUUGCAGAGAGAACCUAAAGAUCAAAUCUCAAUACCACCACCAAAAAAAGAUGUGAUACGAAGAUUUAUACUCAAACCGUUAUCUGAUGAUGAUGAUGAAUUGUUUUAG